AUGAUUCACGAUAAAAUCAUGUCUCUUCCAGACGGGUAUGACACACUUGUUGGUGAACGAGGUUUGAAGCUCUCAGGUGGUGAGAAACAGCGAGUUGCUAUUGCUCGAACUAUACUGAAAAGGCCACAGUUCAUCUUUUUGGAUGAGGCUACAUCCGCUCUUGACACUAAUACUGAGCGUGCAAUACAACGAUGUCUUGAAGAACUCUGUGCCACCCGGACAGGAGUAGUCGUAGCACAUCGGUUGAGUACAGUGGUUAACGUUGAUUGUAUACUGGUGUUGGACAAGGGUCGAAUUAUAGAGCGGGGAAGGUGA